ACAACGACUUUUUCCAUAGGUGCAGGCUGCAUUAUCCUCCCCAGAACUUUGGCGGGCUUGCCAUCGAGACGAAAUAGAGUGUAUUUAUAAGACUGACUUAAAAGAUUUGAACUCAUACCAAAGAUACAUCUUGCCACGCUACACAUUAGUACACGUGUCAAAGUGAGAAUAGUUUUCACAGUUAGUGGUCGACGGUGGUAGGUGCGUGGAAAAUAGUGUCGUUCAAAAAGUUCACUAUGAUUGGAAAGGCCUUCGUACUCGCUGUUACGAUAGCCGUUGCAGCGGCAGUUCCCGUGUACGGCCCCGUUUCCUAUGGUCCACAUUUAUCGUACGGAUAUGCAGCCAAAGCCAUUCAACCCCUGCACACGGUAACCCUUGCCAAGCCAGUCAUUGCAGCGGCCCCAAUCAUCCACCAUGCGCCGGUAAUCGCUCACGCACCGGUCAUAGCAGCUCCCGUUGUCAAGCACAUCGAAGCUUAUGAUCCGAACCCACACUACAGCUUCAGCUAUGGGGUGGCCGAUCCGCAUACCGGAGAUUCCAAGCACGCCGAAGAAACCCUGGCCAACGGAGUAGUGCACGGUAGCUACUCGCUGACGGAACCGGACGGCACCAUUCGUAAGGUCACUUACACCGCCGACAAGGUUCACGGAUUCAACGCGGUCGUCGAGAAAUCUGGACACGCCGUUCACGCGGCGCCUGUCUUCAAGAAGGUCGUGGCUCCAAUCGUGCAUGCGGCCCCAAUUGUACACUAUCACCAUGCCUAUUCGAGGCAUAUCAGUAACGCUUUCGCUCUUUAUUUGAUCAGUGUGAAAUAUUUUUUAAGCUUUACAAUGAGUUUGCUUGAAGUUGCUGUUUUCGCCACACUAGCAUUGUUUGCUAGCGCUGAGCCAAGAACAAACCCGGGAAUUUUGGCCGCUUCAAUUGGCCCAGUUGCUUACUCAGCUCCUAUAGUACGAUCUGCAUACAAUAUUCGACCUUACGCAGCUCCAGUUGCCUAUAAUGCUCCGUAUGCCGCUGCUUACACUGCCCCAAUUGCUACAACAUAUGCUGCUCCUGCUUUCGCUGCACGAGCUGCCCCACUAUUCACCGCACGUGCUGCCCCAAUCAUUGCUUCUCGAUUUGCUCCAGUGAUAGCCACUCGUGCUGCUCCAGUGAUUGCCGCUCGUGCUGCUCCAAUUGUUGCUGCCCGUGCCACUCCAAUCGUUCCUGCUGCUCCGAUUGUCGCAGCCCGUGCUGCUCCUGUUGUUGCUGCUCGUGCUGCUCCAGUCAUUGCUGCUCGUGCUGCUCCAGUUGUUGCUACUCGUGCUGCUCCUCUGAUUGCAGCUGCUACUCCAGUUGUUGCUGCACGUGCUGCCCCUGUCGUCGCUGCGGCUGCUCCAGUUGUUGCUGCCCGUGCUGCUCCAGUAGUUGCCGCUGCUGCCCCAGUAUAUGCUGCUCGUGCCGCUCCAAUCGUUGCUGCUGCUACUGCCCCUGUAGUUGCUGCUGCUACUCCUGUUAUCGCUGCCCGUGCCGCCCCAGUACUUGCUGCCCCACUUCAGGCUGAGUUUACCGAUGCUUACCCGCAGUACCAGUAUGCUUACAACGUUCAGGAUACUCUGACCGGCGAUUCCAAGACGCAGGAAGAAACUCGCGAUGGAGAUGUUGUCAAGGGAUCUUACUCCCUGAUUGAACCUGAUGGCAGCCGUCGUAUCGUCAACUACUACGCCGACCCAAUCAACGGAUUUAAUGCCGUUGUGCAGAAGGAUCUCCCUGUUGCCGUUGCUUCUCCAGCCGUUGUUGCAGCCCGAACUGUUGUAGCCCCUGCCGUUGGAUCCCAAAUUGUUGUUUGAGAAGAUAGCUGACGGUUUUUGUGAUUUUCAGAAUCUGUAGAUAUCAAAAGGCUGUGUAUGUAGGACCAAUUCCCGAGUGUAAAUAGUUAUUGUUAAUUUUCAUCACCAUUGUGCAACUUCAAGCAAUCACUCAUAUGUACAUAAUUUCCACUGCUACAAAUAUUGUUGCCAAGUGACACGCUCGCUGUACUCUAUUAUUUUAGAUAAUAAAUAAAAAACGAAACGCUUAUUAUAUG